CCGCGAGCGGGAACGGCCCCGGCGGGACCGGGACGGGCGUGUGGGACACGGCGGGACCGGGACACGGCGGGACCGGGACACAGCGAGCAGGAUUCUCGGUGCGGGGCCGCUGCAGCAGCUUUCUGGCACGGCUGGGCAUUCCGAUUGCAAAAGGAGGAUCAAGAGAAGAAAUUUCUAAAGAUCGCAGAAUUAGAAGAACUGUGUUGGAGACUUUCUGCUUCUUUACAGCUCUUCACUCUCAAGUUGUGGAAUUGCUUCUUUUUCCCCUGUGAGGAUAAUGUCUCUCUCAUCACCCAAGAUAGAUGUGACUGAAAGGGAGCUGCCAAGGUUGCGGUUUGAUUUUGGUUUCUUUGCACCCUUACUAAUUGGAUUUUUCCCGUCUUCUGCAGGAGGAUUAUAGAAGGAUUACAGAAGCUGGGUUUUUUGGGGUGUGGGAGGUAGCUGUUGUUUUUCUUCCCUUGCUUCUGGGACCUCCUUGACUUGCCGUUUGUUACUGCCUGUUUGGAAAAGGGAGAAGCAGCAUAACAGAUGAACUUGCAUGACCAUGGAUUCCUUCCCUUUGCAAACGUUGUAUGUGGCUGCUCGUAGGAGAGGUUUUUGCAUACGUAAGCAGCAAAUGAAGAAUAGCAUCCCAGGCUGGAUUUAAAAGAAGCAAAUUGUGUCCUGGCAAAAGGAUAAAUACAGUUUAAACUAUAGUUUAAAGAAGAUUGGAUGUUGUUCCAGUUUCAAAUUUUUUGAAAGGAGGGGUCUGAUCAAGUCAAAUAUUCUGCCAGCCCAAACCUGCAUUUUCUACAGCUGAAACUAGAAGAUGUCUUGGAAAAGAAAUUACUUUUCUGUGGGUCGGGGGAAUGUGCAGGGCAUGUUUACUCCACGAAAUACCACCUCAAUAGCACCCAGUAAAGGUCUCAGCAAUGAACCAGGACAGAACAGUUGCUUCCUGAAUAGUGCACUACAGGUUCUCUGGCACCUGGACAUUUUUCGCCGCAGUUUCCGGCAAAUCACAACGCACAAAUGUAUGGGUGAUUCUUGCAUCUUCUGUGCUCUUAAGGGUAUCUUCAACCAAUUUCAGUGUAGCAGUGAGAAGGUGCUGCCUUCUGAUGCCCUGCGUACUGCUCUUGCAAAGACAUUUCAGGAUGAGCAACGCUUCCAGCUGGGCAUCAUGGAUGAUGCUGCUGAAUGUUUUGAAAACCUGUUAAUGCGAAUUCACUUCCACAUUGCAGAUGAGACAAAGGAAGAUAUUUGCACUGCACCACAUUGUGUUUCCCACCAGAAGUUUGCUAUGACUUUAUUUGAACAGUGUGUUUGUACCAGCUGUGGUGCCACCUCUGACCCAUUACCUUUCAUCCAGAUGGUACAUUAUAUUUCCACAACCUCACUCUGCAAUCAAGCUAUUUGUAUGCUGGAGAGGCGAGAGAAACCAACUCCAGAUAUGUUUGGAGAGCUCCUGCAGAACGCCAGCACCAUGGGAGACCUGCGGAACUGUCCAAGUAACUGUGGGGAAAAGAUCCGUAUUCGUCGUGUGCUGAUGAACUCUCCACAGAUCAUCACCAUCGGUUUGGUUUGGGACUCAGACCACUCUGAUCUGGCUGAGGAUGUGAUUCACAGUCUGGGAACUUGCCUUAAACUGGGAGAUCUCUUCUUCAGAGUAACUGAUGACAGAGCAAAACACUCAGAGCUGUAUUUGGUGGGAAUGAUCUGUUACUAUGGAAAACACUAUUCAACCUUCUUCUUCCAAACUAAAAUCCGCAAGUGGAUGUACUUCGAUGAUGCUCAUGUCAAAGAGAUUGGUCCAAAAUGGAAAGAUGUUGUGACAAAGUGCAUUAAGGGUCACUAUCAGCCUUUGCUGCUGCUCUAUGCAGAUCCAAGAGGAACUCCAGUGUCAACACAAGACUUGCCCCCUCAGGUGGAUUUACAGCAAUAUAGCAGGACUUGCUAUGACAGUGAAGACUCUGGGAGAGAAGCUUCCAUCUCGAGUGAUACCAGGACAGAUUCCUCUACAGACAGCUAUCCUUAUAAACAGGCACACCAUGAGUCUGUGGUCAGUCACUUCUCCUCUGACUCCCAGGGGACAGUCAUCUACAAUGUGGAGAAUGAUGCAGCUUCACAAAGCAGCAGGGACACAGGCCACUUGACUGACAGUGAGUGCAAUCAGAGGCAUGUUUCCAAAAAGAGCUCGCUAGCAGACCGCAAGAGGAGUUCUAGCCGGUCUCGGCGAAAAGGAGAUGAGGCUCAGUCAUCAGGAUACCACAGUGAAGGAGAAACCUUGAAGGAGAAACAAGCCCCCAGAACUGCCCCCAAACCAUCCAGCAGCACCAGCAGGCUGAGGGAAUUUAAAGAGACAGUGAGCAAUAUGAUCCACAGCAGACCACAGCAGAUUUCUCAGACCGUCCAGAAUUCCCCUCGUGGAGGGAGUACUGCGGAUCAGGCAGAAACACGACCCUUGAAAAGCCUCCCUGUGCACUCUCGAGACUGGGAUGUGGAGAGUACCAGUAGUGAGUCUAAAUCCAGUUUGUCUAGCAGGUACCGACCAACCUGGAGACCCAAAAGAGAGUCUCUGAAUAUAGACAGCAUCUUCAGUAAAGACAAGAGGAAACAUUGUGGCUACACUCAGCUUAGCCCCUUCUCCGAAGAAGCAGGUAAAGAACUUACUGAGAAUGAGGUGAAGGAACACGCUGUUCACGAAACAAGGUCAAGCCAGUCCAAUGUGAGAUACAAGCGUGGUGUGCUGGGCCGGGGCACCCAGCACCAUAUGGUGGAUCAACACCCUCAUCUCAUCCAGAGGAUGGAGUCCGGCUACGAAAGCAGUGAGCGCAACAGCAACAGCCCCGUCAGCCUGGACAUGCCCUUGUCUGAGAGCUCAAGCACCCACAGGGACGUUCAUAUGAAGCGAGCAGGUGCAUUUGUUCCUGCCUGGCGUAACAUCCCAAAGUCUCACAGUAGCAGCAUCUUGGAAGUGGAGUCUGCUUCAUCAAUUGGGAGCUGGACAAAUAGCCCACACACCAUUGGGAAUGGUGGAGAGAUGUUUAUUCCUUUGAAGAGUGAACUGGAUGAAUUGCAAGAGGAGGUGGCAAGGAGAGCACAUGAGCAAGAACUACGCAGAAAAAAAGAAAAGGAAAUGGAGGCAGCAAUGGGCUUUAAUCCCCGUCCCAGCAGGUUCAUGGAUCUAGAUGAACUGCAGAAUCAGGGGAAGGUUAGGUGGUGCAGUCUGGGAUACGUGCAGCUUCUGCAAGACUCCAUAUGUGGAAGAAUUUGGCGAUCACAAAUGGGAUGAGGGUAAGUGAGGAUUCUGCAAUGAAUGAAACCAAAAUGAAGGGUGCUGCC